CGGUCCGCUAGUCAGAAGCUCAGUCAUUCAAACAAACUAUGAAAGGGAAUACUUUGGAUUAGAUACGACUGAAAGAAAAAUAGGAGCAAAGACCAAGGAAUAGAGAAAAGGUCCCGCUGACAGAGUUGAGGAUGAUGGCAGAGGGGCGUUUUGCCAGUCUGCCCAGGUCCCUCCAUGCACACCACGCCCUGGGAGGAGGCACUGUACACCAUGGAGUCCCCUCAAACUCCCUCGGCAGCACCACCUGCUCCUCCAGGGGGCUCCAGUCCUCCCUCGCCUCCUCCAUGGACCUCCUCAGCUCCAAACCGGGCUUCCCCACAGGCCAUGGCAGCGGCCUCUCAGAUCUGCCUGCUUCGGCCUACCAGCAAAUCUCCAUUCACGGGACUCUGCCUCGACGCAAGAGAGGCGGAGCAAACCUCCCCCAUGGAAACUACACCUGGAACACGUCACUGUCUCCCGGACACGCCCAUCAACCCCUGACCUCUCCACUGGUCCAACAUAUAAUCGACGACUUUCAUGGUUACAGGGAGCCUGCUGCCGGCCUGGAUGCCACGGUGGACUAUGUCAAGUUUUCCAGGGAUCAGUUCAUCGUGGACUGUCCUUCAGAGAAACUUCGCAGAGAGCUGGAGGAAGAACUAAAGAUGAACUGCGAGGAGCCGAGAAGUCACGCAUGGUACCACGGAGCGAUACCCAGACAGGUUGCAGAAAAUUUGGUUCAGCGUGACGGAGACUUCCUGAUGCGUGAUUCGCUGUCAAGCCCAGGAAGUUAUGUCCUCACCUGCCAGUGGCGAAAUUCUGCCCAGCACUUUAAAAUCAACAAGAAGGUGGUAAUGUUGAACGAAGCCUACUCCAGGGUGGAGUACCGGCUGGAGAGGGAGGGGUUCGACAACAUCCCUGCACUUAUAAGAUACUAUGUUGGCAACAGGAAGUCUGUCUCCCAGGUGGUUGGAGCCAUUAUUUUCCAGCCAAUCAACAGAGCGCUGCCGCUGCGCUGUUUGGAGGAGAAGUACGGGUUGUCCAGCCAUCACAGAGAGACGAUCAUAUCGCAGGAGAAACGUAACCAGAAGCGCCUCAGCCUCAACAUCACCAACGGACACACACAGGACAAUGCACGCACCACGCAGGACAGCACACACUGCCGGGACAACGGCCCGAGCCGAGGCAGCCAGCUCAGGUUGAAGGAUCGCUGUGGCAGCCAACCAGCGAGUCUCAAUCAGGUCCCAGAGAGGCGACGCCCACUGAAGGCACACCAAUCAGAAAGCUACCUGCCUCUCGGAUCCAAACCCCAGCCUCCUGACCCUCUGCUCCCGGGCCCCAACCCCAAGUCUCCAGUGUUUCGGACGGGCAGUGAGCCGGUGCUGAGCCCCUCAGUCCCACGGAGGUCUGCAGAGUUUCUGCCAGGCCAGGCCAUCCGGGGCUCAGACAGCCAGCUGUGUCCCAAACCUCCUCCAAAGCCCAGCAAGGUGCCCCUGGCCCGGCUGCCCCGCUCCCCCGCCCUGCAGCCUCUGGCGCCCCCCCCCAUCUCCUCCAGCCUCACAGACGCCUCCUCCACCUCCCCACGGCUGGCUGCACCCUCCCUGGACUCCACAGGUGUGGAUACUCAUGGUUCUACAUGGAGGAGCGGAGCUACCACAGGCCCUCCUGUUCCUCCAGUGAAACCCCUGAAGUUCCUCCAACAGCUCCACCCUGCAGACUCCUACAGCUCCUCCAGUUCUCUCCUCUCCCCCGCUGAACAGUACUCAGAUUCAGAGACAAACGCAGGAUGGACUGAGCGCCCGCAGCCCAGUCCCGCAGAACCGAGGUCCUGCAGCCCACUACAGUGGGAGGAGCCAGACUCCAUGACGGACCUCUACCUUCAGCCUCUGCCCUGCAGCUACGUGGAGAGACUGAGGAGAGAGGGAGAGGGCGGGAGACAGGAGAAGGAGAAGGAUGCGGGAGGGAGGAGAGGGCUGGAUAGGAGCUCCUACCAUCACGCCAUCGCUGCUUUGGAAAACACCAGCGAGGAAGAGGAGGAGGAGGAAGAGCAGAGGAGCAGUUUCCAGAGGCCGGUGGAAGAGACGGAGUCCACGUUCCGGCCUUCGGAGUUCGGAUCUCGACUUUUGCCGGAGGAGAACAAACCGCUGGAGAUGGUGGUGCUGAAGAGAGCCAAGGAGCUGCUGCUCAGCCACAAUCACCACAGCAUCGCCAGACACCUGCUCAUGGCCGACUGCCAGGUUGCGAGGAUAGUCGGAGUGACUCCAGAGGUCAAAGGUCAGAUGGGCGUGUCCUCCGGUCUGGAGCUGGUGACGUUGCCGCACGGUCGACAGCUGCGGCUGGACCUGAUGGAAAGGCACCACACCAUGGCGAUAGGUGUUGCCGUGGAUAUUCUGGGAUGUACGGGUAGCGCAGAUGAGCGGGCGUCCACCUUAAAUCGCAUCAUCCUGGUCGCAGUGGAGCUGAAGGACACGGUGGGCGACCUGUUUGCUUUCACGGCCCUGAUGAAAGCUCUGGAUCUGCCACAGAUCAGCCGUUUGGAGGAAACAUGGACAACUCUGCGAAGGAACUACACACAGACCGCCAUCAACUACGAGAAAAUACUCAAACCUUUUUACAAUAAUCUGUAUGAGGGCACAGCUUCCUCCCCUGCGGUGGUCUGCGUCCCCCUCCUGCUGCCCCUCCUCACUUUGAUGGAGCGCCCGUCAGUCACACCUGAGGGGGCGGAGCUCUGGGAGACCAGCGACCAGGGCUGUGACAUCAUGCUGCGCCACCUAGAGGCCGCACGCCAAGUGGCACACAACGCACACAGCUACACAGCCAACGCACACAAGUUAUUACAAGGAUUUACAUGGGAUGAAGACCUGUUGGAGGUGUUUAAAACAGACUUUCAGCUGCGGCUGCUGUGGGGGAGCCGCGGAGCUUCAGUUAACCAAUCAGAUCGCUACAACAAAUUCAACCUCAUCCUCACUGCGUUGUCACGGAAACUGGAGCCCCCGCCUAAAACACAAACAUUAAUCUGACUCCAACCUGAACAAAAACUCUGACAUCAAAUGCACUUUGGACUUCAGUCGAGCAUCAGGAGGAGAAGAGGAGCAAACUGUGACGAGGCAGGAAGUUGAUCAGCGAAUGAUGAAGAGGAUACACUUCAAAAUCUUCAUACAGAGACUCAGCAGCCGAACCUGAUGUCAGAUGUUGAUUAGGCUCUUAAUUUGUUAAAUAUUUAACAAAAGUCUGUCGUUUUACUCUAGUUUAAAGGCUUCAAUUUCACUCAAUGACUCAUAGCUCUGACACCUCACAUUUUAAGAUACACAUACAGGCGUAAUCUAAAACAUACCAGGAUCAAGAUUAUUAUUAUUAUCAUUAUUAUUACAUUUUAAUUACUCUUGCCAUUGCCAUGAUCAGGAGAUGCAGGCAGUAUCCAAAGUUCAUUUAACCCUUAUGUUGUGUUCGGGUCUCCCGUGACCCGUUUCAAGUUAAAAUGAUAUAAUAACUACGCUCUAGUUUUUUUUAUUGGAACAAGGCUUCAUGGUAUCCUCCACAACAGCUAUAUAAACACUACAAAACUGAUUUUGACCAUUUUUGCCAAGUCUGAAGGUCUCU